CACAGAGCCUUAACUCAUGCAGUGUACUAUAAAAAUCAAAUCUUUGAAGUUGCAAAUACUACUAAAGCCUUCAACUUUUUCAAAGGAAUUAAUUCUUUUUUUUUUUCUCUAUCCGCGUCAUUGAAAUGGCAAGAGUAGAGUUGUCCCGCGUGGACUUAGAGUGCUCCGGCCACAGUCACCGGAGCUCCGUCAGUGUCAAUAUCUCCGACACCGAUAAGGGUUCUUGUUAUUCUCAGUUUUAUUCCACUGCUGAUGCAUGUGCCAAUGAGUCUAAUAAUUCAGUGGAUAUAGAAAAUGGAGAUGGUGAAAGUAAGGUGAAAAUUGAACGAGACUGUAGAAUUUGCCACCUGAGUUUGGUGAGUGAGUGCGAGGUUGCCAUUGAAUUGGGAUGUUCAUGUAAAGAUGAUUUGGCUGCUGCACAUAAGCAUUGUGCUGAAACAUGGUUCAAGAUCAAAGGAAAUAAGACUUGUGAAAUAUGCAAUUCGAUUGCACACAAUGUUGUUGGUCCAAAUGACAUUGAGUCAGCACAGCAAACAAAUGAAGUAAAUGCUUUGGCUACAAAUGCAGCCCCUGCACUAUCAGUGUCUUCAGAAUCUCGAACUUGUUUGAAUGGUCAUCGAUUUCUGAAUUUUCUUCUAGCUUGUAUGGUAUUUGCCUUUGUCAUCUCUUGGCUCUUCCACUUUAACAUCCCCUCAUAGCAAACAUGUCCUCAUAGACGAUGAAGUUUCUCGAAGGAUUUGAAUAUAUUUUUUCUCUAAUAUACUAGAUCCAAUAAAUGGUGGGAAUGUGAGCCUAACUAUAAGCUGCUUUGGCUGAAUUUGAAGGUAAACCCUCAUAACAAUCUCUACAUUAUCAAUUACUGCAUAACGAUCCUCACUUUAGUAUUCACUUCAUAAACAAUCUCUUCAUUAUAACCCCGACAUAACAAGUAUGUGAACUAAAGGACCCGAAAAUGUAGUUUUACAUUGGAAAUGAUACAAGCAGACAUGGGCUAUCGUGUGUCUAUAGAAGGAGAGCAUUGCAACAACCAAAUGCUGCUAGAAGAGCAACAAAGUUUCAUGUCUACUUGUCUAGUACAAUCUAGG